CAUCAGUGAGCGUUCGAUACGCGGAGUGCAAAGAUGGCCCAAUCCAGAACUAAACACUAUGGAGUGGCCCUGUGCCUAAUAAUUUCCCUCUUCGUGGGAUCGUCCAGUGCUGCGUGCUGCUCGGAGGGCGACACAAAAGUGGAUCCGGAUGAUUGCACCAAGUAUCUGAUCUGCUGCCACGGCGAAUUUGUAUCCAAGUCGUGUGCAAGCGGAUCCUAUUGGAAUUCGGAGAUAGAAAUCUGUGUCGUGGAUGAUGGCCAAUGUAGGCCUCCAACCUGUGUGGAUGGCGAAAUUACGCCGAAUCCGGAUGACUGUGCCGGCUAUUUAGAGUGCGUAAACGGAAACGAAGUGAUCCUGACCUGUCCGGAUGGCGACUACUUCAAUUCGACCCUGAAUCAGUGCGUUGAAGAUACCUGCGGCGUGUGCAUAAGCUGCACCGAGGGCAGCAAAAAGGCCGAUCUCAACGAUUGCUCCAAGUUCCAGAUAUGUGUCAACGGAAAGUACGUGUCUCAAUCUUGUGCCGCCGGAUAUUACUGGAAUUCAUUAAACAAGGAGUGCGAAGUGGAUGAGGGCCAGUGCAACGGAAAUGGAACGAUAUGUACUGAUGGCGAACUUAAGGUGGACCCCACCAAUUGCGCAGGCUACUUGGCUUGCUCGAACGGUAACUGGGUGAGCAAGCAGUGCGCCGACGGAGCUUACUUCAAUGUCACCUUGGAAUCUUGUGUACCAGACGACGAGGGAAUAUGCGUCAAUUGUAACGAGGGAUCUACAAAACCCUUGGCCGACUGUACCAUGUAUGAGAUCUGUUCCGGCGGCAAGUAUGUGACCAAGUCCUGCGACAGUGGUUACUACUGGAACAACCAGACAGAGGUCUGCGAAGUGGAUGAAGGUCAGUGCAACGGAAAUGGAACGACGUGCACUGAUGGCGAACUUAAGGUGGACCCCACCAACUGCGCAGGCUACUUGGCUUGCUCGAACGGUAACUGGGUGAGCAAGCAAUGCGCCGACGGAGCUUACUUCAAUGUCACACUGGAGUCUUGUGUACCAGACGACGAGGGAAUAUGCGUCAACUGUAACGAGGGAUCUACAAAACCCUUGGCCGACUGUACCAUGUAUGAGAUCUGUUCCGGCGGCAAGUAUGUGACCAAGUCCUGCGACACUGGUUACUACUGGAACAACCAGACAGAGGUCUGCGAUGUGGAUGAAGGUCAGUGCAACGGAAAUGGAACGACGUGCACUGAUGGCGAACUUAAGGUGGACCCCACCAACUGCGCAGGCUACUUGGCUUGCUCGAACGGUAACUGGGUGAGCAAGCAAUGCGCCGACGGAGCUUACUUCAAUGUCACACUGGAGUCUUGUGUACCAGACGACGAGGGAAUAUGCGUCAAUUGUAACGAGGGAUCUACAAAACCCUUGGCCGACUGUACCAUGUAUGAGAUCUGUUCCGGCGGCAAGUAUGUGACCAAGUCCUGCGACAGUGGUUACUACUGGAACAACCAGACAGAGGUCUGCGAAGUGGAUAAUGGUCAGUGCAACGGAAAUGGAACGACGUGCACUGAGAAUGAGGUAAAGGUGAAUCCUGCGGACUGCGCCGGAUACCUGCAGUGCAUAAACGGAAACUUUGUGGCCAGGAUGUGCUCCGCUACGCAGUUCUUCAAUGCCACACUGAAUGAAUGUGAGGUCGACACACAGAAUGUGUGCAUUCCGAAAACCUGCGAUCCCGACUGCUGCGAUGUGCCCAACAACUCCAUCUGGCCCGUGGAGAAAAAUUGCUCCGCCUUCUACCAGUGCGUAAAUGGUAACAAAUAUGAGCAGCGCUGCUCCAACAACCUGCAAUACAAUUCAUUAAUAGAGCAGUGCGAUUAUCCUGAAAAUGUUAAAUGCGACGAUGGAUCUGCACCGCCGAGUGGUCCGAAUGCCGGACCCUCGGGAACUUAUUGCGAGAGCCACGGACGAUGUGUUGGCCAGCGGGAUGGUACCAUGUUCGCCGAUGCCAGCGGAGAUUGUAGUUCCAAUUAUGUAGUCUGCCAGUGCGAGUGUGAGGUGAACUUCACUUGCUCCUCUGGACUUUUGUACAAUUCGCAGGUCAAAUCCUGCGAUUGGCCCGAUAAUGUUAAGUGCUAAGAGGUUUCAAUAAACAAUAUUUAAAGCAGAGUAUUAAACGAAAA